AAAGGAUGCCACACCUCCCGGACACGCAGACAGAGCUCAGUCACCUCAAAUCUGAGGUCAAUACAGAUUGUCCGAGCAAGACAGAGCCAUGAGCUAUCUUCCUUUCUUCUCUCUUGAAACAUGGAUUCUACUGAUCACAUUUAUCUGCAUAUUUGUUAUGUAUGGCAAAGGGACUCAUGGGAUAUUUGAGAAGUUGGGGAUCCCAGGUCCAAAGCCGUACAUGUACUGGGGCACAGUUGUCAGGCACAACAAAGUUUACUACUUGGAUGACCAAGAGUGUGCUCGGAAGUAUGGGAAAGUGUGGGGAGGAUUUGAGUUCAGGAAGCCCAUGUUGGCUGUGGCGGACCCUGACAUGCUGAAAACCAUCCUGGUGAAGGAGUGCUUCACCUACUUUACCAACCGGAGGAACCUUCGUCUGAAUGGAGAACUUUAUGACGCAGUGUCUACUGCCGAGGAUGAUCAUUGGAGACGGAUUCGUAACAUCCUCACACCCUCCUUCACCUCUGGCCGUAUAAAAGAGAUGUUCAGCAUCAUGAAACAUCAUUCCCGCAAACUGACAGCCAGCCUGCAGUCCAAGGCGCACAAUAAUGAAGUCAUCACUGUAAAAGACUUCUUUGGAGCCUACAGUAUGGAUGUGAUGGCGAGCUGUGCAUUCAGUGUGGAUAUGGACACAAUCAACAACCCUUCAAGUCCCCUCGUCACCCAUGCCCAGAAGCUGUUCAAAAUCUCCAUACCUCUUUUCUUUUUCCAAGGGUUUUUUCCUGUAUUUCUUCCUCUCUUGGAGCUGCUCGGUUUCUCCUUGUUCCCUAAGAGCGCUACUGAUUACUUUAAAACGCUUCUGGAGAAAGUCAGAGCAGAACGCAGUGGGAGCUCAAACCAGAAUUCGGGAGAUGUCCUUGAACACAUGAUCAACUCUCAGACUGCCAGUGAUCCCAAGAAAGAAAAGCAGAAUAAGGGUCUUACUGAUCAUGAGAUAUUAUCUAAUGCCACAAUGUUUGUGUUUGCUGGUUACGAGACGAGUGCCACCACUCUCGUUUUCUUGGCCUACAAUUUGGCAAGAAAUCCUGAAGUCAUGAAACGCCUACAAGAGGAGAUAGACUCCACUUUCCCCAAUAAGGGUGCAGUCCAUUAUGAAGAUCUGAUGCAGAUGGAGUACCUAGACAGCGUCGUCAACGAGUGUCUGAGGAUCUACCCUCCAGCUGGACGUCUGGAACGAACUGCCAAAGAAACUGUCAAGAUCGGUGGAAUCACAAUCCCAAAGGGCAUGCUUGUUAUGAUUCCAGUCUACGCUAUGCACCGCGACCCUGAGCUGUGGCCAGAGCCAGAGGAGUUCAAACCUGACAGAUUUAGUAAGCAGAACAAGCAGAGCAUCAACCCAUACACUUACCUGCCAUUUGGUCUCGGGCCAAGGAACUGCUUGGGGAUGCGAUUUGCUCUGAUGAUGGUCAAACUGGCCUUGGUGGAAGUUUUGCAGAACUACAGCUUCUCCGUCUGCGAGGAGACAGAGAUCCCUUUGACGAUGAGCCCUCAAAGCUUGGUUGGACCCCUAAAACCAAUCAAACUAAAGAUUGUGACACGUUCAAUCACCUCAGGAAAUGUGGACAAGUCCAGCUAGGAAGUACUCAGAGAGAGACGUCGCUCAAGGUUGAACUGUAUGGAUGGUAACCUUAUGGAUAAUGAAUCAAAUAUGUUUGUGAUGAGAAGGACACUGUUAAUAUGAUUUAAAAUGAUUAUAUCAUAGUUGCAUGUAGACAUAAUCAAUAAACUGUCAUUAAAAAAAUUACUGUAAACUAGUGGGACCUUUGGAGCUAAUAAAUAAAGCAUGCCAUAAAUGUU